UACUCACACAAAGUAGAUAUAUCAGCUUUGACCUCAGCAACCAACAUUCAUCCAGGUGAAAACGGCUCUGCACAGUUCAUCCUGAUGCUGUCAAAUGGGAUAUUAGAACUGAAGGCCAAUGACUGUGAGUGUGGGAAGGAAUGGAAGGGAUUUAUUCUCACCGUAACGAAGCUGGCAGUUCCACCAGACGAGUCGUUCCUACCUCGGCAACUUAGGGGAAUGCAGGAAGUACUAGAGAAGGAGAAGGAAAGGAGGAUUACGCUCAGCAGCUGCUCGGGCACACCCUCGAACAGAAAAAACCCUCCCGGCAGCGCACUGACCACUAUGCCAGCGUGCUUCUACGCAGUAUCUCGGCAGGAAGCCAUAGAGAUGUUGAAAAAGAACCCUUCGUGCGGGAAUUUGAUCCUGCGUCCCGGCAGCGACAGCAAGAACUACACAGUCAGUAUCCGACAUGAGCUGUACGCCCCACACUUAAAGCACUACAGAGUGAUGUCCGAGGGAACCCGUUACAUUAUCGAACUGGAAACACGG